GAGCGGGAGCCGGGGGCGCCCCGAGCCCAGGCGAUGGCCGAGGACCGAGAUGUGCGAUUUGUCACCGAGGAGAGCUUUGACUUCGGGAUCCUGUCCCCCUCUGACAGCCAGGAUGAAGAGGAGGACGAGGAGAGCCCGGGCGGGGCGUCCCGGCGCGGGGGAGGGGGCAACGGGCGCUGGAGCCCCCUGCGAGGUGCCCGCCUGGAGGAGAUGGUGCGGGAGGCCACUCGCUUGGCCGCCCAGCUCGAGGGGUGUCACCUGCUCCCCCCCGUCCCCGGGGACCCCCCUGGCCCCGCCGCCACCCCCCCAGGCACGCCUCGCAGUCCCCGGCGCCAGACGUUCGUGGUGAAGGACAGCCCGGUGAGGGCACUGCUGCCCACCGUGGAGUCCCAGGCACCGCCGGCUGCCAAGCCCCGGGGGGGGCCUGCUGCCACCGCUGUCCCCAAAACCUCCCCCAGCCGUCACUUCACGGCAGCGCCCAAGGGCCCCCCCGGGGGCAGGGGACCACCCCCCAGCCGCGGGGGCCCGCCCCGGUCGUGCCUCACCCAGGGGCAGGGGAGCAGUGCCCGGGGCAGGUCGGAGCCCCCCCGGGGGGCCACGGCAGGCAUGGCGGAUGAUGACUGGGGGGGAGGGUGA